AUGCCGAGCCCCGUUUCUGGUGCUAACCCUCACCCCUCGGCCUUCGGUGUGCGCGCACGGGCCCCCGGCUCUUUCCGCCCCCCAUUCCGGGGGUCUCGCCGCGGGCGGGGGUCCCCUGGCACGGGGCUGCACUCCCGUGCUACCGGCGGCACCGGCGGGCAGCGGGACCCCCGCCCUGCUGACGCAUGCUCACCGUGCCACCCCGCUAACCGGACAGCAGUAGCGCUGAAUCCGGUGCCCAGCAGGGCGGUGGCACUCGGUGGCCGGGCAGGGCCGGGUGUGCCCCAGCCGGUGCCACCGGCAGCACGGUGGCACUCGGUGGCCGGGCAGGGCCGGGUGUGCCCCAGCCGGUGCCACCGGCAGCGCCGCCCGGCGCCGGAGCCGCGGCUGGCGAGCCCCGGGCGCUGCAGCGGUGCCAGCGGGCGCCGCCCCGCAUCCCCUCCUUUCCGAGGAAGCCACUGCAACGAGGCACAGGGGCACUGCUGGCAGCAGGGAGGGUUUGGGGGCGAUGGAGAGAAGGAUGAGGAGCUGCUGGGGAUGAAGGCAGUGCCGACCCUGGUUGGCAGCUUUCUGCCCUUCGCUCUCACCUCCUCUGUGGAGGGCACAGCCCACCGGGACGGGGCCAUCUCAUACACCACGGCCGAUUUGGGACAGGAAGCAGCGGUGGAACGCCGGGCACCUGCCAGGGGAGCCCGUGGUGUGAGCGCCGUGCGCAGGGGCCCCGGCAGCCGCUCCUCCCCAGCCGACGCCGGUCUCGGGUGCUCCCUGCGGGCGCAGAGCUGCGGGCUGUCCCGCGGGGCUCCCGUGGGUGGCGAGUCCUGCAAGUUUUGGAAGGCGUGCAGCAGCAGGAUGGAGAGCAAGCCAGCAGUGAAUGGCCAGGCUGUUCCCGGCUCUCCCGGGAAAGACGUUUCAGGGACAAACCACUUGUGCCAGGACGUGAUGCCGUGCAAACAGCAAAAAGCAGCUGGCAGGGACGCGGGGCCGGAUGCUCCCGGGGAGCCCUCGGAGACAGCUGGCAGCAUUGCAGGCGUCUACGUAGAGGCUUCAAAGAGCAUAAUGAGCUUUUAUGAGGCCACCAGAGAGCACCUGCUGAGCCUGGAUUCGGCCCUCUGCCUCCUCGAGGCGCAGGCAGCCACGGGCUCCAUCUCCGACCCGCUGAGGAGCCGCCGUGUCCCCGUGGCAGAAGCCGUGCGGAUGGGGCUGGUGGGGCUGGAGCUGAAGGAGAGGCUGCUCUCGGCUGACAGAGCUGCUACUGGCUUCGUGGACCCCUACACAGAGGAGAAAAUCUGCCUCUACCAGGCCAUCCAGAAGGAGCUGGUGGGGAGGGAGCAGGGCAUUCGCCUGCUCCAAGCCCAGGUGGCGACUGGAGGCGUCAUCGACCCGGCCACCGGCGGGCGGCUCCCGGCAGCUGUGGCCUGUGAGAGGGGAUGUUUGGAUGAAGAGAUGAGCCAGCUCGUCUCUGACCCCAGCAGUGAGGACAGCAAGGUGUUCCUUGACCCCAGCACGAUGGAGAAGGUCGCUUACUCCGAGCUGAGGAAGAGGUGUGUUGUGGAUCCCGCCUCAGGCUUCCUCCUCUUGCCACUGCAAAUCACAUUCCCGGGGCUGGGAGGGAGGGUGAGCAGCAGGGACCUGAUGGACUCUGGCAUCAUCAGCACUGACGUGUUCCGAGGCCUCGAGGAGGGAAGGAUCUCUGCCCAGGAGGUGGCGGAGAAUGACAUUGUUCAGCACUUCCUGCGUGGGACGAGGAGCGUGGCUGGAGUUGUCCUGCCCUCCGGGGAGCAGAAAAGCCUUUACCAGGCACUGAGGGAGCAUCUCCUGGUGCCUGGUGCUGCUCUCAUGCUCCUGCAAGUCCAGGCCUCCACCGGCAGCCUGACAGACCCCCUAAAGAACAAAAGCUACUCCGUGGAUGAGGCUGUCAGGGCUGGUCUCAUUGGCCCAGAGCUUUACGAGAAGCUGUCGUCAGCUGAGAAAGCCAUCACUGGGUACAGGGACCCCUCCACCGGAGAAAUGCUCUCCCUGUUCCAAGCCAUCAGGAAGCGCUUUGUCCCCAGGGAUCACGGCCUUUGCCUUCUGGAGGCUCAGCUGGCCACGGGGGGUGUCAUCGCCCCAGGCAGGCACCUCCGUGUCCCCAUGGAGACAGCCUGCGAGUGGGACUGCCUGGACGAGGCCACCAGGCAGCUCCUGUCCAGCCCCCCUGAUGACAUGAAGGGGUUCUUCGACCCUGGCUCCAAGGAGAAGCUGAGCUACGCAGAGCUGCUCCAGCGCUGCCUCACCGACCCCAGCUCGGGGCUCCUGCUGCUGCCGCUCGCUGGGGACGGCAGCGGAGGCUCCCCGGGGACACUCGGCUUCUUUGACCACAGGACCCAGACAGCUCUGGAAAACACACAGGUGCCCGUCGCUGUGGGGAAAUUCAAGGGCAAGUCAGUGUCUCUGUGGAAACUGCUCUUCUCUGACUACAUGCAGGGUGAGCAAAGAGCUGCGCUGGCCAAGCAGUUCCUGGCAGGAACGCUCUCCCUGCAAGGACUGGGAGAGGCCAUCAGAGCCGCCGUUGAGGAGAAGGCUGCCACCGCUAAUGUCACCUUCAAGGGCCUGAGAGAGCAGGUGACGGCUGACCAGCUCCUGAGCUCAGAAAUCAUCAACAAGGACUUGUUCAAGAAACUCAAGGAGGGAGAAACAUCGGCCAAGGAAGUGGUCAGCAUGGACACCGUCAGGAAGUACCUGCAGGGCACGGGAAGCAUCGGAGGGCUGCUGCUCCCAGACUCCCAGGAGAAGAUCAGCAUCUACCAGGCAAAGAGGAAGGGACUCCUCAGGCCGGGAACGUCUCUGAUUCUCCUGGAGGCACAGGCAGCCACGGGGUUUGUCAUCGACCCAGCUGCCAACAAGAGGUACUCCGUGGAUGAGGCUUUACGAGCAAACGUCAUCGGCCCGGACGUUUACGACAAGCUGCUGGCUGCGGAGAAAUCUGUCACUGGCUACCGAGAUCCAUACUCAGGGGAUAAGAUCUCCCUCUUCCAGGCCAUGCAGAAGGAGCUGAUCGUCAGGGACCACGGCAUCCGCCUGCUGGAGGCCCAGAUCGCCACCGGCGGCAUCAUCGACCCCGUCAACAGCCACCGCAUCCCUGUGGAGGUGGCCUACAAGCGUGGCUACUUCGACAAGAAGAUUAAUUUAAUCCUCUCCGACCCCAGUGAUGACACCAAGGGCUUCUUUGACCCCAACACCCACGAGAACCUGACGUACCUGCAGCUGAAGGAGAAAUGCAUCACCGAGCCCUCCACCGGGCUCUGCCUCCUCCCUCUGAACAGCAGGAAGAGGCAGUUCAUCGACGAGGCCACCAGGCAGGUGUUCAGGAGCUCCUGGCUGCCCGUCAGGUUUGGGCGCUUGCGGGGGGAGAAGGUCUCCGUGUGGGACCUGCUGAACUCCGAGUACUUCAGCGAGGGGAGGCGCCGGGAGAUUUUCAACCACUUCCAGCUGAGGAAGCUCAGCCUGGAGCAAAUCCGGCUCAUGCUGGAGGAGGAAAUGAAGAAAUGGGCCCCCAUCAAGUUCCCGGCCAUGAGAGGCAAUGUCAGCGCUUAUCACCUGAUGGAAACUGGUGUCAUCGACAGGGCCCUGUUUGAGCAGGUGCUGGAGGGCUCCGUCACCCCAGAACAAGUCCUGCACAUGGACUCUGUCAAGAAGUACCUCUAUGGCUCGGGCAGCAUCGGGGGGAUUGUGCUCCAGCCAUCCAACCAGAGAAUGAGCAUUUAUGAGGCCAUGAAGCAGAACAUCGUGGUGCCAGGAGUGGCCCUGCCCCUGCUGGAGGCCCAGGCUGCCACGGGCUUCAUUAUUGACCCCGUGAACAACCAGAAGCUCUGCGUGGAUGAGGCUGUCAAGGAGGGAGUCAUUGGGCCAGAUGUCCACGAGAAGCUGCAGCAGGCGGAAGGGGCCGUGACGGGCUAUAAAGACCCUUUCACGGGCAAGAAGAUCCCCCUUUUCCAGGCGAUGAAGAAGGGCCUGAUCGCGGAUAAGCAGGCCAUGCAGCUCAUGGAGGUGCAGAUGGCCACGGGAGGCAUCAUCGACCCAACGUGUGGCCACCACAUCCCCCUGGAGUCGGCCCAGCAGCGAGGCUGCCUGGAUGAGGACACCAGCAAGGCUCUUUCCAAGCCCAGCGAUGACCACAGAGUCUUCUGCCUCCCGGACAGCAAGGAGAGCGUGACCUAUGCCGAGCUCAUCCAGCACUGCCAGAAGGACGACGUCUCCGGCUUCCACUUGCUGCCUCUGGCACAGUCAGCUGCUCCUGCCUACACCGACGAGCAAAUCCAACAGAUUUUCAAGGAAACCAUGGUGAAGGAAAAAGGAGUCUCCCUCUGGGAGCUCGUGCACUCUGGGUAUUUCACCGAGGAGCAGAGGAGGGACUUCAUAGAGAGGUUCCGGUCAGAGGAGCUGUCGCUGGAGCAGCUGGUGGCUCUGGUGCUCAGGCUGGUGGGGGAGAUGGAGAUGAAAGCCAGGACCCAGAUCUCCCUGGAAGGCCUGAGGGGCAGUGUCCCUGUGGUCUGGCUGCUGGACACGGGCAUCAUUUCUGAGAAGACGUUUGAAGAACUGGCUCAGGGUGUAAGAACUCCCGAAGAAGUGGCUGCAAUGGAGAGCGUAAAGAGGUACUUGAAGGGCACAGGCAGCAUUGCUGGGGUCUUCAUAGAGGCAUCCAAACAGAAGAUGAGCUUCUACGAUGCCAUGAAAAACAAUCUCCUCCUCCCUGGGGCUGCUCUGAGGCUGCUCGAGGCUCAGGCAGCCACAGGAUACCUGACUGACCCUGCCACAAACCGGAGGCUCAGCGUGAGGGACGCCGUGAGAGCGGCUGUUGUUGGAGAGGAGCUUACUGAGAAACUCCUUCUGGCUGAGAGGGCUGUGACGGGCUACACAGACCCCUACACCGGGAGCUCCAUCUCCCUGUGCCAAGCACUCAGGAAGGAGCUCAUCCCCCUGGCAGAGGCUGUGCCCUUGCUGGAGGCCCAGCUGGCCACGGGAGGGGUGGUUGAUCCCAUCCACCACCUCCACCUGCCACUCCAGGCUGCCUGCAGGUACGGCUUCUAUGACGAGGACCUGAACCAAACCCUCUCCCAGCUGGAUGACAGCACCAAGACCUUUUUUGACCCAAACACCAAGGAGAAUGUGACCUACCGGCAGCUGAAGGACCGAUGCAUUCGUGAGGCCGAUUCGGGCCUGUGGCUCCUCCCUCUCUCAGAAAAUGCGAUGUUCUGUGUGGAUGAGCAGACCAUGAAAGUCCUGAAAUCUGUGACUGUUUGUGUCAACGUGGGGCGAUUCAAAGGACAGACCGUGUCUGUCUGGGACCUCCUCAACUCCGAAUACUUCUCAGACAGCCAGAGAAGAGAGCUGGUGCAAAAGUACAAAGAUGAGAAGGCUGAAGUGCUGCAAGAAAUCACAACAGUUAUCACCACAAUCAUCCAAGAGACUGAGGCACAGGGCAAGAAGUUCGCAUUCAAGGGCCUGAGGAAAAGAGUGUCAGCCAGUGACCUCUUCCAGUCCCAGCUGAUCGACAAAAAAACCCUGGAUGAGCUCAACCAGGGGAAGAAAACAGUCAAAGAAGUGACUGAAAUGGAGUCUGUCCGCAGGUACCUGGAGGGCAGUAAUUUCAUAGCAGGGGUCCUUAUCCAGCCAAGCAAUGAGAAGAUGAGCAUCUACCAGGCCAUGUGGAAGGGUAUCCUGAGGCCAGGGACCGCCCUGGUGCUGCUGGAGGCACAGGCAGCCACCGGCUACAUCAUCGACCCUGAGAAAAACAAGAAGUUUUCGGUGGAGGAAGCGUUAGAGGUGGGUCUGAUUGGAGGGGAGAUUUUUGAAAAGCUGCUCUGUGCUGAGCGGGCCGUGACGGGCUACACUGACCCCUACACCAAAGCACCAAUGUCCCUGUUUGAAGCCAUGAACCAAGGGUUGAUUGUGAAGAGCCACGGCAUCCGCCUGCUCGAGGCCCAGAUCGCCACCGGCGGCAUCAUCGACCCCGUGCACAGCCACCGUGUCCCCGUGGAGGUGGCCUACAAGCGUGGUUACUUCAACGAGGAGAUGAACCAGAUCCUCUCCGACCCCAGUGAUGACACCAAGGGCUUCUUCGACCCCAACACCCAUGAGAACCUGACAUAUAUGCAGCUCCUGGAAAGAUGUGUCCAAGACCCGGACACGGGACUGUACAUGCUGCAAGUUGUAAAGGAGGGAGGAAAGUACUUCUACAUUGAUGAAUCCACAAAGCAGGCUUUGCGUUCAAAGCCCCUUCAAGUGAAAGUUGGAAAGUUUAAGGACCAAGCAGUUUCUGUAUGGGAAGUCCUCUGCUCUCACUACAUCUCAGAGCAGAAAAGGAAAGAGCUGGUGAUGCAGUACAAAAGCAAAACCCUAGCGCUGGAAGAGCUGAUAUCCCUCAUCUUAAAAAUCAUCGAGGACACAGAGCGAAGAGGAGAAGCCCUCAAGGUUAAAGGACUGCGGGGAGAGGUGUCGGUGUCAGAAUUGUUCAACUCUGAGAUAAUUGACAAGAAAACUCUGGAUCAGCUGCAGGACGGCAGUCUCACAGUUGCCAGCCUCACAAAGAGGGACACCAUCCAGAGGUACCUGGACGGCACUGGGUGCAUUGCUGGGGUUCUCCUCCCGCUGAGGAAAGAGGUGAUGAGCAUCUACCAGGCGCUGAAGAAAGGCCUCCUCACAGAGCAAUGUGCCCUGGGGCUGCUGGAGGCACAGGCGGCCACCGGGUUCCUCCUUGACCCCCGGAACCACCAGAAGCUCUCUGUGGACGAGGCCGUGUCCUCUGGGCUGGUGGGCAGCGAGCUGCGUGAGCAGCUGCUGUCGGCAGAGAAAGCCGUGACGGGAUACACGGAUCCUCAAACGGGAGGUAAAAUAUCUCUCUUCCAGGCUGUAAGACAGAAGAUAAUAGUCAGGGAUCAGGGCAUCCGCCUGCUCGAGGCCCAGCUCGCCACUGGUGGCAUCAUCGACCCCUGGCAUGGCCACCGCCUGCCCGUGGAGGUGGCCUACAAGCGUGGGCACCUGGAUGAGGACAUGUUCCUCCUGCUUUCAGAUCCAGAUCACGGGAGCAAAGGCUUUAUAGACCCAAACACUCACGAGAAGAUCAGUUACAGCCAGCUGCUGCAGAGGUGUGCCAAAGACAGGGAGAGCGGCUUGUACCUGCUGCAGGUCCUGGAAAAGGAAGGCGACUAUUUCUAUAUUGAUGAGCAAACCAAAAACGCCCUGUUGUGCACAAAGGUCCAGGUGCCUGUGGGAAAAUACAAGGGACAAGUGUUAUCGCUGUGGGAGCUUCUCUGCUCCGAGUACAUCACAGAGGAGAAAAGAAAAGAACUGGUGAAAAAGUACAAAGUGGAAUCCCAACACAUUGUGCAAGGAAUCAUUGAGACAAUACUAAAGAUAAUUAGGGAAAAAGAAGAAGACAGAAGUGAUGUCUGGUUCCAGGGAAUCCGACAGCAAAUUACAGCAUCAGAACUGCUCAGUGCACAAAUAAUUACAGAGGAAACAAUACAAAAACUCCAAGAAGGAAAAGAGACGGCACAAGAAAUAGCAAAAAUGGACAGUGUGAGGAGGUACCUUGAGGGAACUGGAAGCAUCGCCGGCGUGCUGGUGCCCUCCAAAGCCGAGCCAGGCAAGAAGGAGAAGAUGAGCAUCUACCAGGCCAUGUGGAAGGGCAUCCUGAGGCAGGGCACAGCGCUGGUGCUGCUGGAGGCACAGGCAGCCACUGGUUUCAUCGUUGAUCCAGUGAAGAACCAGAAGCUCUCUGUGGACGAGGCUGUGUCCUCUGGGCUGGUGGGCAGUGAACUGAAAAACAAACUUUUAAGCGCCGAGAGAGCUGUGACAGGCUACACCCAUCCCUAUACGGGACAAAAGAUGUCCUUAUUCCAGGCCAUGAAGAAGGAGCUGAUCGUCAGGGACCACGGCAUCCGCCUGCUGGAGGCCCAGAUCGCCAGCGGCGGCGUCAUCGACCCCGUGCACAGCCACCGUGUCCCCGUGGAGGUGGCCUACAAGCGUGGCUACUUUGACCAGGAGAUGAACCAGAUCCUUUCCGACCCCGGCGACGACACCAAGGGUUUCUUUGACCCCAACACCCACGAGAAGGCUGAGGCCCAGGGCCAUGGUGCCAACGGGGCCCCCAAAUCCACAGAACUCACCCAGAACGGCAGUGCCUCAAACUCCCAGAAGGAACAGGAGCAGAAUCAGGAGCAAGAGCAAGAGCAGGAGCUGGAGCGGUCCCUCAAGUCCCACACGGUGGAGGUGUCGGCAGGCGGCUUCCACGGCAGGAAGGUGUCCCUGUGGGAGCUGCUGUUCUCCAAGUUCGUGUCAGAGGCCAAGCGUCAGGAGCUGCUGGGGCGGUUGCGGGCCGGGAGCCUGGCGCUGGCCGAGCUGGCCACGCUGCUCACCCUCCUGGUGGAGGAGGCGGCGCAGCGCAGCAGCAGCGUGAAAUUCACGGGCCUCAGGAGGCAGGUGAGCGCCUCGGACCUGCUGGACUCGGGCAUCAUCGACACGGGCACGCUGGCCGACCUGGUGCAGGGCGCCAGGACGGUGCAGGAGGUGACGCAAAUGGCCUCGGUCAAGCGCUACCUGGACGGCACGGGCGUCAUCGCCGGCGUGCUGGUGCCCUCCAAGGCUGACCCAAGCAAGAUGGAGAAGAUGAGCAUCUACCAGGCCAUGUGGAAGGGCAUCCUGAGGCAGGGCACGGCGCUGGUGCUGCUGGAGGCCCAGGCGGCCACCGGCUUCCUGGUGGACCCCGUCAAGAACCAGAAGCUCUCUGUGGACCAGGCUGUGUCCUCUGGGCUGGUGGGCAGCGAGCUGCACGAGAAGCUGCUGUCGGCGGAGCGGGCCGUGACGGGCUACUCUGACCCCUACACGGGCGACAAGAUCUCCCUGUUCCAGGCCAUGAAGAAGGAGCUGAUCGUCAGGGACCACGGCAUCCGCCUGCUGGAGGCCCAGAUCGCCACCGGCGGCAUCAUCGACCCCGUGCACAGCCACCGUGUGCCCGUGGAGGUGGCCUACGAGCGUGGCUACUUUGACCAGGAGAUGAACCAGAUCCUCUCCGACCCCGGAGACGACACCAAGGGCUUCUUUGACCCCAACACCCACGAGAACCUGACGUACCUGCAGCUGCUGCGCCGCUGCGUCCCCGACCCGGACACAGGGCUUUAUUUCCUUAACAUUUUUAGAAAAUAA